AAUAAAAAACGCUGAAAUUAUAAUGGAAUUAUCGCCACAUAAUCAAAUCGAGGACAGAAAACCGAUACUAACCGCCGACGGUCUGGUGCAAACAUCAAAUUCACCCUUCGAGCCAACCGCAGCAGCAGCAACAACAGCAACAAACACACAAACAGCAACAACAACGGUCUCGCAGGAGACACAAACAUCGAACGGCAUCGGAAUCGGCAUCGGCGGCCCUCUGACAGUUGACCAGCUGGACAUCGAAAUUCUGCCGAUCAUCUACGAUAUUGUGCGCUGUGUAGAAAAAGAUCCGCUCGAGAACACAGUUAAGCUGCGUGAAUCACAGGACUGCAAUCACAAGAUCUUUGAGCUGCAGAAACGCUUUGAAUCGGCGCGCGAGCAAAUUAAACAGUUGCCGGGCAUCGAUUACAACAAGGAGGAGCAACUGCAGCGCUUGGAACUGUUGCGCAGCCAGCUGAAGCUCAAACAGCAACUGAUACGCAAAUAUAAAGAUACGGAAUUUUAA